AGUCAAUUCGAUCUUCCUGUUCAACACACAAAUCUUUUUAUAUCCACAAAUUAAUCCAACAUUCUGUUCAGUACAGCGUAAGACUCGAAUCGUUCCACAUCGCAAGGAUGGAUAAAUGGAUAGGAAAAGUGGCAUUAGUGACCGGCGCUAGCGCGGGUAUUGGGCAGAACACGGCCCUGGAGCUUGCUAAUGCCGGAAUGCUAGUAGUGGGUAUAGCCAGACGAGUAGAUCUGGUUGAAGCCCUUUGUGCUAAGGUGACCGGUCGCGGAAAGAUUUACGCUCGCAAGUGUGACGUUGCUGAUGAGGAUGAAAUCCUUCAAACUUUUGCCUGGAUCCGGAAAGAGCUGGGUGGUGUCGACGUUCUGAUUUCCAACGCUGGAGUUUUCCGAUGCAAUUUUGUUACACAAAGUGACUCAUCCGAUUUCCGUGAUACUUUUACCAUCAAUGUUGUUGCAACGUGUAUCUGCAUACGGGAAGCCGUGAAAGAUAUGAAAGAACGAGCAAGUCCAGGAUACAUUUUUAUCAUCAAUAGCAUUCUGGGAAAACGUAUACCGGAUGUGUCAGUACCAAUGUUUGGUGCUUACCCAGCGUCAAAAUUCGCUCUAACUGGUUUGGCAGAAGUUGUAAGAAAGGAGCUCAUAUACUUUCAAUUGCCAGUGAGAUUAACCAGUAUCCAUCCUGGAAUGGUACAAACCGACAUGAUCAAAGUAUUCGAUUCAGCACUGGCGCAAAGGCUUCCCAAGCUGCAGGUUGGGGAUAUUACAUCAAACAUCGUUCAUUGCUUGACGUCCCCAUUGGAUGUGCAAAUUGAUGACAUCACCGUGAUGCCGACAAUGGUUUCAAAUCCUGAGUAAAUUUUCCUCCAGCAAUGCUUUAAAGUAAACAGAAAACAUUCGUUAAUUGUAACUAAUAAACAUUAUAUGCACCUACAGACAACAAUUAUCACAUACCGAACAAGCUAUCGCCAAUAAAAAAAAAGUUCUGGCUUGAUUCGAUUAUUUCGUGACCUCAAUAAACAAAAAUAAACGAGA